AUUCCCUCGGGAGGGGUUUGGGACUGGGGCUGCGCCGUCGGGAUUGAGACCGGAUUCCCGAGCCCUUAACGCCGGGCGCUCCUUAUAAGGGCAUGGUGGGAACGGAGCGUGCGGCUCGAGUCGGGGGGCCCCGCCUCCCCGGGCCGCCUCCCGCCUCGGGUCCGCAGAGCUCCGCCCCUCUGCAGAAUCACCUCAGCUGGGCGGGAUCUCCUCACCUCUCCAGGCGGCUCCAGGGUCUGAGGAGACUAAAGAUCACCCCACCCCCUCCCCAACUUUUUCCUCCUCACGAGACCGAGAAAAUAGUCCUCCCGUGUUCUCUCAGUGACAGAUGGAAACGUUUGUGGUAAAAAGAUGACAACGGCAGAAGUGCUCCGAGAAAUGUAUUUAAGAGCUGUGGGUUCUUUCUCUUCUCUGGAUGGUGCUGGUGCUGCUGUUGCCAUAGCUAAACAAGGACCACCUGCCCCAGGGAACCUAGAAAGUGCAGGUCUAGUGCAGGAAGGCACCGCCCCACCUGUAUCCUUGGCCCUAACCUGGUCUGCCUCGAUGCAACCGUGCCUGGUGGGAGUCUUCCUAAUGAGGGCCCUGAUGCUUGUCCAAGCCUAGACUGUCAGCUCCACGAGGUCAGGCUGUUCGCAGCGGGCUCUGCACCAGCUGGGGGACGCCUCCCGAGUGUGCGGCGUGACUCGGGCUCCUUGACCUUGGCCCGCUUUCCACUUGGUGCGCGCAGCGCAGAGGGGGGUUGCCUUGGGACCCGUCUGUGGGGCCUCUCCAGAGAGCUGGAUGGUGCAGACGCUCACACCACUCCUAACGCGUAUACCCUUGCCCACGCAUUCGCGAUCCCUUGCAGCGUGUGCUCCGGGUCGAGUCUACUGGUCGCCAACCCUUCAGCUCGGCCGGCCCAGGCGGGUGGCCUGGAGCUGGGACCCUCCUCCUCCAGGCUUCCCUGCACGCCCGGCCCAGCCGGGGCGGCUCCCGGACAGGGCGGGGCCGCUGGCUGGAGGCCCCUCCCCGGGGGCGGUCCGGAGGCCGGGCGGGGGGCCGGCGAGGCUGGGGGCGGGGCAGGCGGGCGCGGGGGUGUCCCUCCCUCCCUCUCUCUCUCCUCUCUCUCUCUCUCUCUCUCCUCUCUCCCCGGUAAAGUCUCGCGGUGCUGCCGGGCUCAGCCCCGUCUCCUCCUCUUGCUCCCUCGGCCGGGCGGCGGUGACUGUGCACCGACGUCGGCGCGGGCUGCACCGCCGCGUCCGCCCGCCCGCCAGCAUGGCCACCACCGCCACCUGCACCCGCUUCACCGACGACUACCAGCUCUUCGAGGAGCUCGGCAAGUGUGUGAAGAAAACCUCCACGCAAGAGUAUGCAGCCAAAAUCAUCAACACCAAGAAGCUGUCUGCCCGAGAUCAUCAGAAGCUAGAACGUGAGGCCCGGAUAUGCCGACUUCUGAAACAUCCCAACAUCGUGCGCCUCCAUGACAGUAUUUCUGAAGAAGGGUUUCACUACCUCGUGUUCGACCUCGUCACUGGCGGGGAGCUAUUUGAAGACAUCGUGGCGAGAGAGUACUACAGUGAGGCCGAUGCCAGCCACUGUAUUCACCAGAUUCUGGAGAGUGUUAACCACAUUCACCAGCAUGACAUUGUACACAGGGACCUGAAGCCUGAGAACUUGCUGCUGGCGAGUAAAUGCAAGGGUGCCGCCGUCAAGCUGGCUGACUUUGGCCUCGCCAUCGAAGUGCAGGGAGAACAGCAGGCUUGGUUUGGUUUUGCUGGCACGCCAGGUUAUUUGUCUCCUGAGGUCUUGAGGAAAGAUCCUUAUGGAAAACCUGUGGACAUCUGGGCCUGUGGGGUCAUCCUGUAUAUCCUCCUGGUGGGAUACCCUCCCUUCUGGGAUGAGGAUCAGCACAAGUUGUAUCAGCAGAUCAAGGCUGGAGCCUAUGAUUUCCCAUCGCCAGAAUGGGACACGGUGACUCCGGAAGCUAAGAACUUGAUCAACCAGAUGCUGACCAUAAACCCGGCGAAGCGUAUCACGGCCGACCAGGCUCUCAAGCACCCAUGGGUCUGUCAACGAUCCACGGUGGCUUCCAUGAUGCACCGUCAAGAGACUGUGGAGUGCUUGCGCAAAUUCAAUGCCCGGAGGAAACUGAAGGGUGCCAUCCUCACGACCAUGCUUGUCUCCAGGAACUUCUCAGUUGGCAGGCAGAGCUCCGCCCCCGCCUCGCCUGCCGCGAGCGCCGCCGGCCUGGCCGGGCAAGCUGCCAAAAGUCUGUUAAACAAGAAGUCGGAUGGCGGUGUCAAGCCACAGAGCAACAACAAAAACAGUCUCGUAAGCCCAGCCCAAGAGCCCGCGCCCUUGCAGACGGCCAUGGAGCCACAAACCACCGUAGUGCAUAAUGCUACAGAUGGGAUCAAGGGCUCCACAGAGAGCUGCAAUACCACUACAGAAGAUGAGGACCUCAAAGCUGCCCCGCUCCGCACUGGGAAUGGCAGCUCGGGGCCUGAAGGAAGGAGCUCCCGGGACAGACCAGCCCCUUCUGCAGGCAUGCAGCCCCAGCCUUCUCUCUGCUCCUCAGCCAUGAGAAAACAGGAGAUCAUAAAGAUCACAGAGCAGCUGAUUGAAGCCAUCAACAAUGGGGACUUUGAGGCCUACACGAAGAUUUGUGAUCCAGGCCUCACUUCUUUUGAGCCAGAGGCCCUUGGUAACCUCGUGGAGGGGAUGGAUUUCCAUAAGUUUUACUUUGAGAAUCUCCUGUCCAAAAAUAGCAAGCCCAUCCAUACCACCAUCCUAAACCCACACGUCCAUGUGAUUGGAGAGGACGCAGCUUGCAUCGCCUACAUCCGGCUCACCCAGUACAUCGACGGGCAGGGUCGGCCUCGCACCAGCCAGUCGGAGGAGACCCGGGUCUGGCACCGCCGGGAUGGCAAGUGGCUCAAUGUCCACUACCACUGCUCAGGGGCCCCUGCCGCACCACUGCAGUGAGCUCAGCAACAGGGGUAUUAGGAGAUUUCCAGCCGGAGGUCGAACCUUCGCAGCCAGUGGCUCUGGAGGGCCGGAGUGACAGCGGCAGUCCUGUUCGUUUGAGGUUUAAAACAAUUAAAUUACAAAGCGGCAGCAGCCAAUGCACGCCCCUGCAUGCAGCCCUCCCGCCCGCCCUUCGUGUCUGUCUCUGCUGUACCGAGGUGUUUUUUUACAUUUAAGGAAAAAAAAAAAAAGGAAAAAAAAAGAUUGUUUAAAAAAAAAAAGCAGCAGCGGAAAACGUACCAUGAUGCGUUUCAAAACCACCGAUAGCCCUUGGGCCGGCAAGAAGGCAGGAGUUUGUGUGAAACCCAUUUUGGCAUGAACAGUGGGCUCACCCACCAGUCCUGAAGAGGUGUGCUUGGCCUCUGGCCCCGCAGACUUGGGGGGCAGGGACCAGGAGAGAACACUGACAGAGCUUUGGGGGCUGUGAUGUGAGUGUAGCCCCCCAAGGUGGCCUGCUUACCCCAGGUCUUGGAGUGGACAUCUUCAGCCCUCGCAUAGGUGCCUGGAAUGCGGCUGGGGACAACGUGGUGGACAUGAGGCCUACCUGGGAGAGCAGGCAGAGCUCCCAGCCUGUUGUGGAGGCAGCUGAGAUGCAGCAACCCUAGGACGGAGGGCCCCAACGUUGCUGUACUGUCCACAUAGCGUACAAGGGAAGAGAAUUGGUGCUGUGGAAGUGUGUUCAUGACGGAGCCGGAGAGGAAUCGCGUGCUAGUCUGACUGUACUCACUCACUCAUCCAUUGCUCGGAGGCACAGUGCCCUUGGCCCUGAUGUUUGCCUGAUCCUGUGGCCGGGAAAGGGCAGGGGUGGAUGCUUCUGCUUUGUGGUUUGUUUUACAAUUUUGGCAAGGGAGAGCCGGGGCCUGACCAGGCUGCCCACACCACCUUGAGCAGUGCUGGUUUUCUGUCUGGGUCUGGGCCCUCUGCCGAGAGCCCCCGUGAGAUGGGCAGAGCCAGACAGCAGGAGAAGGGGCGGUUGUUUCUAUGCAUUCAGGUUGCCCUCCGGCCACCUCUCUCCUACUUCCCUUGCAGCUCAUCCUUGUCUGUUUUUUCCUGUCUUUGAGAUUGACCCAACUACUCUGACAAGAGGAGCGAGUGUCCUCUCAGAGAGGCCUCUUCUGUUGACCAACUGAAGUGUAGACUUACUGCUGGACAAUCUGCAUGGGCCUCACCCCCUGCACCUGCAUGUACCCAAAAGGGAUGUCCAGAGCCAAGGUUCCCGCAUCCAUUGGCCUGCCCUGUGCUCAAAGAGUCUCGCUUCAGGAGGCGGAGAUCUGCAGUCCAGGGGCAGAUAAUGGAGGAGCAGUUGGUCACAGCCUUGGUCCCCUAUCUCCCUCCCCCCAACAAAUAGCUGUGCAGGGGUAUCUGCACUUUGUCAGGGGGUGGGGGCGGGAGGUGGGUCGACAAACCCCAGCUUCCUGGACUAUCUUCUGGAGGCAAGGGAGCUGGGAAGAGAGAGGUUUUGCUUUGGAGCCAACUGAGAAGAGGGCGAAUUCACAGGUGCUGCUGCUUGGGUUUAGCUGGCUCCUCCGAGCACCUCCUGCAUGCCCCGGCCCCAUCCCGCCCUGCAGCCUGCAGGGCCAGCACGCAGAUCCCCUUCACCAACAGGGUUGGGUUUUGCUGGCUUGAAGACACAUGGUCUUAGAAUUCUUUGAGACCCAUAGCUUCAUAUGGCUGCUCCAGCCCCACUUCCUAGCAUCCUUAACUCUCUUGGGGCUGACGUCAGCAUCUAUAGACAAUAGACAAAACUAAGUCACCUUUUAAAAACAGGAAAAGGAAGGCAUUUGAUGCAGAAUUUUUUGCAUGAUGACAUAGAAAUAAUUUAAAAUUAGUUAGUGUUUGUUCUGAAUGUUGGUAGACCCUUCAUAGCUUUGUUACAAUGAAACCUUGAACUGAAGAUAUUUAAUAAAAUAACCUUUAAACAGUC